AUGUCCAACAGCAGCUCCAUCACUGAGUUCCUCCUCCUGCCAUUCUCAGACACACGGGAGCUGCAGCUCCUGCACUUUGUGCUCUUCCUGGGCAUCUACCUGGCUGCCCUCCUGAGCAACGGCCUCAUUGUCACAGCCAUAGCCUGUGACCACCACCUCCACACCCCCAUGUACUUCUUCCUCCUCAACCUCGCCCUCCUCGACCUGGGCUGCAUCUCCACCACUGUCCCCAAAGCCAUGGCCAAUUCCCUCUGGGACACCAGGGGCAUUUCCUACUUGGGAUGUGCCACACAGGUCUUUUCAUUUGUCUUCUUGUUUUCAGCAGAGUUUUUUCUUCUCACCAUCAUGUCCUAUGACCGCUACAUUGCCAUCUGCAAGCCCUUGCACUACGGGAGCCUCCUGGGCAGCAGAGCUUGUGCCCAGAUGGCAGCAGCUGCCUGGGGUAGUGGGGUUCUCUAUGCUCUUCUGCACACUGCCAAUACAUUUUCCCUGCCCCUCUGCCAAGGCAAUGCUGUGGACCAGUUCUUCUGUGAAAUCCCCCAGAUCCUCAAGCUCUCCUGCUCACAGUCCCACCUCAGGGAAGUUUGGGUACUAGUGACUGGUGUCUCUUUAGCAUCUGGCUGUUUUGUUUUCAUUUUUUUCUCCUAUGUGCAGAUCUUCAGGACUGUUCUGAGGAUGCCCUCUGAGCAGGGACGGCACAAGGCCUUUUCCACGUGCCUCCCUCACCUGUCCGUGGUCUCCCUCUUUAUCAGCACUGUCUUUUUUGCCUACCUUAAACCCCCCUCCAUUUCUUGCCCAUCCCUGGAUCUGGUGGUUACAGUUAUGUACUCGGUGGUUCCUUCAACAUUUAACCCCCUCAUCUACAGCAUGAGGAACCAGGAGAUUAAUGGUGCUGUUAGGAAAGCGAUUUCAUGGAUGUUUCUGAAUACUGAUAAAUUUCUCCUCUUUCUACACAAAUGA